AUGGAUAUCAAAGCUCUGCUCCCAAAAAUAGGAAGUUUAUUAUAUAUCUUUAUUUUCACCGAGGAUGAUCAAGUUAUGGAGACAGGAAUCUUGGAUCUUGCUCUUUCUGAUUUAUUUACAAACUUUGAGACCUUGAAAGCAAAGAUUAAAGAGCACUGCAUCACGGUCUCAAAGAUGCCAAGUGAUAUCGCUCCAAAGACUAGUGUGCUUUCACUCUUCAUUAUUGAUUCUGUCCUUGAUGAUCUCAUAGAUCUAAUAAAUAACAAGUCUGACUGGAUUGUUGUUGUGAAUGAUCAAAUUGUAACACUCCACGAGGAGCUAAUGUUAUUGGGAUCAUCCAUCACAGAUAUAGCACUGCAGCACGAAGUAGAACAUGAAGAACUUGUGACACGGAGCAAAGACAUAGUAUAUGAAGUUGAAUUUGAAAUCAACUCAUUUCCUCAUGUUUGGUAUCUUAUUCUCCGGCUCCCUCAACUCAUCGACAAGAUUCGGCUUAUUGUGAUGGCUAUCAAAGAAAUGAAGAACAAUAUUGAAGUAGUCAGAAUGUCAAAUGUUUCAAAACAUCCACAUGAACACGUAGAGCCACAGUCAAAAGAACCUUCCAUUUUGGAAGACAUUGUUGUGGGAUUUGACAAUGUAGUAAUUGAAAUCACAGAACAACUUGUUGGAGGAACAGGCCAGCUGCAAAUUAUUUGCAUCUUUGGGAUGUCUGGACUUGGUAAAACGACCUUGGAAAAUAAAUUAUAUAAACAUCUCUCCAUUUUAUACCAUUUUUACAAGCGUGCCUAUAAGAGGGAUACAUACAUGAAAAAGGAGGAAGAAAUCUUGGUUCAAGAUCUUUACAAAAACUUAAAAAGAAGGCGAUUCCUCAUUGUGAUAGAUGACAUUGGGAUAUCAAAGUUGAGUGUUGGGAAAUAUUACAAGGGAGUGUUCAAAGAUAGAAAAUGUCCUCAAGAAUUGCUAGAUACUGGCAAGCUAAUUGUAAAAAACUAUCAGGGCCUACCACUUGCAGUGGUGGUAAUAGCUGGAGUUCUUGCAAACAUGGAGAACUACAAAGUUUUUAGGGUCUUUUGUGGAUGGUCACUGUAUGACUUUCUAAUAGGACUUGAAUAUCUGGUUCACUUGAGGUAUUUGGAAAUUUCAUGUACACUGCCACAAAUGGAAAACUUCCACAUAUUAGAAUUUCGUGUUGUGUACAAUGAUGAUGAAAUUGAAUUACCAGAGAUCCUUCUUAAUAUGGUGAGUUUGAGACACAUGGAGUUUAAGGGUGGUGCGUACUUCAUUGAAUCUAGUCGUCAACUUGCAACUAACAAUAAGAGCUUCCAAAUAAAUAACCUACAAAGUAUUUUUGUACUCUCAAUUUAUGAUGAAAUGGAUGAGAGUAUUUUGAGAAGUUCACCCAACCUUUGCAGAGUGGAAGGCAGAGUUGAGAAUUCAUUAAAUUGUUCCUUCAACUUCCUUAAUCAGCUCGAAUCACUGAAGCUAUCAACAGCACAUGGUACGCUUUAUUGGCGUUCCAGUUUGAUUAGUUGGCCCUUAAAUCUAAAAAAAUUAACUCUAGUUGGUGUAUAUCUGUCUCGAAAACAAAUGGAGAUAAUUGGAAGAUUGCGUUGCCUUGAGGUUCUCAAAUUAGUGUCUGCUGCCUUUGAGUGGGAACAAUGGGACACAAGUGAAAGUGAAUUCCCACAACUUAAAUACUUGAAACUUUGUGCCGUAAAAAUUGCAGAAUGGAAUGCCUCAAGUGAUAAUUUCCCAAGGCUUCAACGAAUAGUAUUGGAACAUUGCAAGAAUCUAAAGAUGAUCCCUUCCAAUUUAGGUGAUAUUCCAACGUUACAGAAGAUUGAGUUAUUUAUGUGUGGUCAAACUGCCAACGAAUCAGCAAAGAAAAUUGAGGAAGAGCAAAAGGAGAUGGGGAAUGAAAAUUUUGAAGUCACAAUCUGUAGCACAUUUGGUGAUAUUGAAGCCAUUCUUUCACACAUUUCCCCGCAGAUGAUGAAGGAAUUCAACAGCAGGGAAAUUCAGAAGAUGUCCAUUCUCGAUGAUUGAGAUUUUCCAGAAUUGAUUGCGUAAUUGGAAGGGAGAUCAAUGGUUGAGUGACACAUUGGUGGCAUAUA